AUGAAAGUUGAUGAAUUAUUUACAAUAAGUAAGAAGAAUCUUGUUUAUGGGCUUCUUUUGGAUAACCAGAUUAUUAAAGAGUUUGCUUAUAUAUUCAGAAGAGAUGAGAGUGUUGAAAUUAUAGAUGAUAAAGACAUUGAGGUCAUGGAUGAUGAAAUUAAUAAUAGCAUUGAAAUUGCAAUUGUUAGUGGUAGUUCUGCAUUAAGUAAUUUAAAAAGUGUUCAAACUUUUUUGCUUCAACAAGAGAGCUCAAACAAGCAAUUAAAGUUAGUUAAUUCUCUUGAAAAAUUUAUUAGAGUGAAAAUAGUCAAGUCUGCUCAACAAACUU